CCUACUCUGUGCAUUUAAUUUUAAAUUAAUUAUUAUAAACUUUAUUAAUUUGUAUUUUAUUAUUUUAUACUUACUUACCACUUUUAUACCGGUUACAUAAUAUUAUAUAAAUAAUCUAGCCUCUGAAAAUGUCCUACAACAACAGCGUAUUAGUAGGGAACUGGGCUGAAGGGAGACUCGAAAAUGAGUUUGAGUUCAAAAUGUUUCUUAGAAAGCGUGACAGAAGGGAACUUCUACUCCAAAGGUCAAGAGCACUCUUUAGUAAUCUACUCAUGGAGAAACCAAUGUUGUUAUGCGGUAUGUAUGUGAUGUACGGGUUCCACGUACAAGUGGUGGCUUCGGACAUGCCAGCAGCCAAACCCUCGGCUCCUGGCGCGGCCCCGCAGCGUGGGUUGGCUCUGUCAGCGCUGGUGACAGAGCGGCAGGUGGAUCUGGUGCAGAACGUGGCCGCCGGCUGCCUCGCCACGCUGUCCCCCAUUACUACGCCUUGCUGUAGGAAUACCUUCAAUAUACUCAGUACCAGCAACGAAUCUGCUUAUGGCGAAAACGUCCAUUUUGGUGAUGAAUUUUUACUGAGGGCUGAAAACUCGGACCCAACGGCAGCCCCACUCUACCUCACGUACACGACGCCGGGGGCGCCGGCCCCCGCGGACCGGAUGCCCAUCUGCCUGACCGCCACCCGCGACUCCAACUGCCGCUGGGUGGCCGAGCCGCUGCUGCCCAAACACCGCUCGGAGGGCUUCGGGACCCCGAUACAGACUGGUACCAGGCUAGUUAUAAAGAACUGCGUGGCGGAUCAAUGUCUCUGUGUGAUGAAUCAGAACUGGAUGCAGACGUUCUUUGGACCAUACAAAGUACGCCAGUUUCGGAAACAAAUGAAGUCUGGCGGCAUGAUGCUGGCCAAGUACCGCAGCAUGAACCGCAACCUGAACGCACCCACGGAGCUGACACAGGCCAGCACCGGCAUCGCCUUCGACGACCGAGUGGCGUUGUAUGCGCCUCAUGUACCAGUUCCUCAGAACCCCGACAAGAAGGGAGUGCUUCUAGGCGGUCGCCUGGACUCCAUCAACAUCAUGCGCUCCCAGGACCUAGAAGACGGCUGUGUGCUGGCUGGUCUCGCGUUGCCGGAUAUCUGCGAGAGGAACACCUUCGUCAUCACCAGCCCUGACUACUGCACGAGGACUGGCGAGGGUCUCAAGUAUUACCAGCCGUUUCUGCUCGCCUUGUCUUCGUCUUUGAAAAGGACACGGCCUCUGUACAUUCGGUAUGACCCCGACCCAUGCCCAGGGUUGUCGGGACCGUAUCCACUGUACCUCAGUGGCAACCCUGUGUGCAACUGCCGCUGGCGAGUGUUGCCAGUGAAAAAACCUGACGUCACCAGAUUCGAACUGGAAGGACAAAGAGUUCCAGUUAAUCAGGAUAUCGUGAUAAAGCAUUGCGGAACAAACCUUAACUUAGGAUUGGAUCCAAAGAAGUGCGGCAUAGGGUUCAAUGGCACUGUGUGCAUGCCUAUCAUGAAGAAUUGUUUAGAUGUAUACAAGAGAGAGGAGUUCAACAACAUUUGGCAGAUAUACACGCCUGUCCCGGACGACCAAGUAUCACAGAACAACCCAACACCUACUUAACUUUAGCAUUUUUAAACUUUAUCUUGCUAUGAUUUAAUAUACAUGCACUCUAAUAAACUAAACAAGUUAUAAGU